GCGGCUCCGUAUCCGAGAGCGCUGGGCUGGCUAGAGCGGCUCCGCAGCUGAAGCAAUCAGUCCCAGCACCGGCGGAGAGGUCCUGUCUCCUGGGCCAGACUGCGCUUCCGAAGGCGACUGUUUCCCUCGGGUGCAUGCGCAUGGUGGGAGCAGUGGUGACUUGGCUGAUGAACUACAAGCCGUUCUUGUUUGGGUUCCUAUUCCUUCUGCUAUUGCUUAGCAACUGGCUGGUCAACUAUGAAUCCAAAGCCACCCCCUCAGAAUCCCCACAGGAGGAGGCAGAGAAACCAAGGACUUCGGAAGCGGGCCACAAAAGCAACAGUGCCAAGAACAUGAAAGAAAUAGAGAAAAUGCAUGCCUGCUUUGCCCUUCAGGACAAGAUCCUUGAACGGCUUUUGUUCAGCGAGAUGAAGCUGAAGGUCUUGGAAAAUCAGAUGCUCAUCCUAUGGAAUAAAAUGACUCACUGCAGGCCAUCAAGCAGAUAUCGGCAUUUCCCCAGGAAGAAACGCGUACUGGAGAGGCGUGACUCAAUUUUCUCCAUCAUUUCUGACUGUACCUCCAAUUCCCAGGCCUAAUGAGACAGAGGCAGGCCAGCCUCUACUGAUGUUACCGUGACUCGGUGUGUUAGUCUGGUUUGUUGUUAUUACCAUUGUUGCUAUCACACAGUUCACGAGACCAGAAACUUUAUAUAAAAG